AUGCAGUCGCGUUCUCUCGUGCUGGCUGGCCUCGCGGCUUGCGCUCAAGCUCUCGACACGGUUCAAUAUGGCGCCUUCUUGGCCACGGCCACCUACUCAGUCGCUAACCAGCUCGGCUUCUUCACCGAAAAUAGCCUCAACGUUGUCUACAACCAGGUCCCCAACAGCACCGCCGCCUUCGCGUCCAUCCUCAGCGGCGAAUAUGACAUCCUGACGGCGACGGUGGACAAUGCGCUCAACUACCGCUUCAACCAGAACCAGGAGGUGACUGUACUUGGCCAGUUGGAUCAAGGGCCAGAUCUUGUGCUUGCGUCAAUUCCGUCCAUCACCAGCAUCGACCAGCUGAGGGGGAAGCCAAUUAUUGUCGAUUCACCGCUGAGCGGAUAUGCAUAUCUGCUGCAGGAUGUUCUGGCAACUAACGGCUUGACGCUGGCUAACAAUGAUUACUACUUCAUGACCGUCGGUGGAACUCCCCAGCGAUACUCAGCUCUCGUCAACGAGGUUCUCCCCAACGGAACCGCCGUCUACGCCACCAUCCUCACCUAUCCCUUCACCGUCGAGGGCCAAAACCUCCCUUCAGGCCAAGCCCCCACCAUCCUCGCCCGCAUCUCGGACGUCGUUGCCCCCGUCACCUCGAGCGCCUUCACCAUCCGAGAGUCGUCCCUGGCGAGCACAUCGGAAACCGCCCUCCUGACCCGCUUCAUGACCUCCAUGUACGCCGCCAACAAGUUCCUGCUCAACCCCAAGAACAAGGCGUGCUCCGUCCAGGCCCUCGUGAAGCAGCUUGGUGUCUCGCAGGAUGUUGCCGCGCAGGAGUAUGCUUCUGCUGUCAACACGUUGUCUGGAGAGGUUUCGCCGCCGCUCAAUGACUUCACCGUCAGCCAGACGGGCAUUAUGAACGAUGUCCAGAUCAGGCUCCAGUUUGGCGGCUUCAGUACCCCUGCGGAUUUCAACUUUACGGCUGCUUUGGUUCCGGGCACGGGACAGCUCAUUGAUUACUCUGUCAAGGAUGCUGCCGUUGCGCAGUACCAGAAGAAUCCCUUGAAGGGCAACUGCACUCUUGCUUGA